UCUGAGUGUCAUUAUUUUCGUAAAUUCUCAUCGAAACUGACAUCAACAUGAUCCUGUUGUGGCUGAACGUCUUCACUUUUCUCUUAGCGUCAGCCCUAUCGGUGCCGGUACAACAAGGUGACCAGGAUUGGUGGAAGCACGGAGUGUUUUACCAAAUCUACCCCAGGUCCUUCAAAGAUUCUAACAACGAUGGGGAUGGUGACCUCCAGGGCAUCCUUCAGAAGAUGGAACAUUUUGCAGACGCAGGCAUCACAGGAGUUUGGCUUUCACCCAUCAUGAAAUCACCACAGAUAGACGCAGGUUAUGACAUCAGCGAUUACUACUCCAUAGACCCGAUGUAUGGUUCAAUGGAAGACUUGAAGAAAUUAAUAGAAAGGUCUCACGAAUUAGGAUUGAGGAUCAUUUUGGAUUUCGUGCCAAACCACACGAGUGACCAGCAUGAAUGGUUCAAGGCUUCUGAAAAUAGGACUGAGAAUUUUGAGGACUUUUACGUUUGGGUUGAUGGUACUCCUGAUAAGCCUCCAAACAAUUGGAGGAGUGUGUUCAGGAAUUCUGCUUGGACUUGGUCUGAAAAAAGGCAACAGUGGUAUCUUCGACAGUUCUUGGCUGCACAACCAGACCUCAACUUCUGGAAUCCGAAAGUACGACAAGCUCUCUGGGACGUUUUAGUCUACUAUAUGGAUAUGGGCAUAGAUGGCUUUAGAGUCGACGCUGUUCCUUAUUUCGUGGAAGACAAGCUUUUGAGAGACGAACCAAGAAGUUAUGAUCCAAACUCUCAACCAGAGGAUCACGAGUACUUAGAUCACAUAUACACGAUGAAUACUGACGAUACCUUCGACGUUCUGUACGAGUUCAGAGAAGUUGUUGACAACUACACCAGAAAGAAUGGUGGAGAUGCAAGGAUUCUGAUGUCUGAAGCCUACGCACCUUUGGAUAAGACAAUGCUGUAUUAUGGAACAGCUGAUGGAAGCAGAUUGGGAGCACACUUCACCUUUAACUUCUUCUUCGUGGGUAUCAAUCUGAACACCAGCAAUGCUUAUAAUGUUGAGAAUCUGGUGUACCAGUGGAUUGACAACUUGCCUAACAUUUAUGUAUCUAACUGGGAUAUGGGAAACCACGACAACAGAAGAGUCUCCACUAGGUUUGGUGUUGAAAACGUCGACGGUUUCAACAUGCUCCUCAAUCUCUUGCCUGGUAUUGGUGUAACAUACUAUGGUGAAGAGAUCGGCCAAGAAGACGGCGAAGUGACUUACGAACAAGGUAAAGAUCCCGCUGCUAGAAACAGAUCCACCUUCGACAAAGUAAGCAGAGACUUCGAAAGAACUCCCUUCCAAUGGGAUGACACGAUUAAUGGCGGCUUCAACGAGGGCCACGAAACAUGGUUACCAGUCAGCGAUAAGUACCAUCAAACAAACUUGGCGGCUCAGAAGGAAGUGGAAGGUUUAAGCCACUACAAGAUCUACAAGGAGGUAUUGAGGAAGAGGCAAGAAGAUCCUGCCAGGAUCGGAGACAGCAAUAUCUGGGGCAUUUCUGAGGAUAUUUUGGUGUUGAAGAGGAGUCUGGAGAAGAAGCAUAUAGUCCUGGCUUUCAAGCUAGGUUGGCACAAUCAUACUGAACCUGAGACUGCGUAUGUACCUGGUAUUAAGUGUGAUACUGCUACUGUUGCUUUGACCAACGUAGAUUCUUCGUAUAAAAUUGGAGAUACUGUGAAUCCAAUGAACUUCGUCCUAAAACCACAUGACAGUAUUGUUUUGGAUAUUCAGUGUUGAAUAUUUAUUAUUGUACAUAAUUAAUUUUAAACUUGUAUUUGUUACGUAAGAUCUUCGGUAACUAGUCUGCCAAAAUGAAAUGUCAUAAGUAGAUAAAAUUGAAUUAUCGGUAUGAAACAAGGAUUAACGUAUUUCGAAAUCGAUCCUUGUUAUAAAAUUUUCAAGAACACAAGGGAAUAACAUAUGGGAAUCUUUUAUGAUUGUUAUUGGACAAACAAUUUUACAUCAUUUUAUUUUAAAUAUGACAUUUCAUUUUGCAAAACCAGUUUCCAUACAUAUUAAGGGUUAACUAUAAAAUAAGUGUAAGUAAUAAAAUAUAUUUCAUUUU